GCCCCUCCCCUCACAUGAUCGCUGGCGAGGCUUUUAUCGCGCCCGCUCGCCUGUCCUGCUCGCCACUCGUUGCCUUUCCGCGCCCGGGCCGGCGGCGCCAUGGACGCGGCGCGCCGCUCCUCUCGUCCGCUCGUCCUGCUGCUGCUGCUCGGCGCCUGCGGCUUUUUCCAGUCCUAUGCAGUGGAAGUAGAUGUAAAGGAUGACUCUAAUGCUACGUGCCUGUAUGCAAAAUGGAUGAUGAGAUUUGUGAUAAAAUAUGAAACAAACAGUAGUGAUUAUAAAAGCACAACCUUGAAUUUGUCAUCCAGUGUGACACACAAUGGAAGCGUCUGUGGUAAUGACACACAGGCUGCGCUCCUGGCGGUGCAGUUUGGGGAAGGUCACUCUUGGAGUGCUAACUUUACAAAAACCAAUGAAACUUAUCAAGAGGACUUCAUCACCUUUACCUACAACACCAAUGACACUGCUGUGUUUCCUGAUGCUAAAAGAAAAGGACCAGUUACUGUUGUUUUAAGGGACAAUAUGCAUCCAGUUCAACUGAAUGAUGUCUUUGUGUGUCAAAGUACUGAGUUUUUGGAAGCAGAAAAUGUAACUCAGAUUUUCUGGAAUGUUACUGUGCAGGCUUUUGUUCAGAACGGCACAAUUGGUAAAAAAGAGUCUAGAUGUCGUGCUGAUAUGCCUACUUCUGCACCUACUGUUCUGCCUACUACUGCCAAUGCAACUACUGCAUCUACCACCACUCUGUCACCUGCUCCCACCGCCACUCCCAAGCCUGUGGAGACUCCAGUCACAGGAAACUAUUCUCUUAAAAGGGGAAAUGAUACUUGUCUUCUGGCAAGUGUGGGACUGCAGCUGAAUGUUUCCCAAGACAAGCCUCUUCUGAUCAACAUCAAUCCAAAGACAACGAGCGCAGAUGGUGCGUGUGGUAACACGACAGCUAUGCUGAAGUUGAAUGAUGGAAAUAGCACGUUGAUUGCGUUCACAUUUGCUGUUAAGAAUAUAAGUGCAAGUGCACAGAAAUUUUAUCUGAAAGAAGUGAAUGUUACGCUGCUCAACCGUCUGAAUGGUUCUGUCAUUUCACACGCAGAUAACAACAAUAUCAGCCAGUGGGAUGCGUUCCUUGGUAGUUCCUACAUGUGCAACAAAGAGCAAACUCUUGAGGUUAAUGAAAAUCUUCAAAUAAAUACUUUUAAUCUCUGGAUUCAGCCUUUCCGUGUGACAGCAAAUACGUUCUCUACAGCCCAGGAGUGUUCGCUGGAUGAUGACAGCAUUCUUAUCCCAGUUGUAGUUGGUGCUGCACUUGCUGGCUUGAUUGCCAUUAUAGUGGUUGCUUACAUAAUUGGCAGAAGAAAAAGCUAUGCUGGGUAUCAAACUUUGUGAAUCUAAACGUGAUUCCCGUUCUGAUUUCACUCUAAACAAAGCAAGUGCAAGUUCUGAAGUCCAAAAAAGAUCCCAAACUUAGGAAUAAUUGCUAGCCAGAGCUAAUUUGAGUUGAAAAACAAAGAGAAUGUUUAUCUCAGAUGAAGCAGAACUACGUGUUUAGUUUCCCUGCUCUAAGAAGACGACGUGGGUUUCCUAGCGCUGUGGAAGAUGUCAAAUCUUGGAUGAAUUCUCUAGGCUAAGGGUUUGAUCUUGAAAAAGUCCUGAAGUGUUUAGGAUUUAUUUCUACUUUAUGCAAAUUGUAGCCUGAAACAAGAACACAUUCUAAACACGUGUGGUGGGCAACUCCAAGAACAGCGUAGAAUUUGUACUUGCUUUUCUCCUCUGCAUCCCUUAGUUGUUGUCAUGAUUGUGGGUUAAGCUGGCAGCAUUAGUCACUAUGUUGACUUGUACGGUAUGUAACAAGGAUUGUACGAUGCCCAGUAACAACUUUGUUUUUCACAGAAUUCAACUUCAGGCUGGUGAUUAAGUGAUCUUUUCAAGUGGCAGCAGUAACUUACUUAGCUUUGACAGGAUUUGAGUAGCUUACUCCUGCCUUGGUGUAGUUUCAGGAAUCAUUCUUAUACCCUGGCUGUACAAACGAUAUGGGUAACCUGUACUGGCCAAAUGGUGGCUGUAUAGGAUGACUUCAGUGCCAUUUCCAAAUGCUUUCAAAAGAAAAUAAUACUGUUAGGCACUGAAUUCUUCUUCAUCACUUAUACCUUGGCAAUCAUCUAAAAUACUAAACUGAGGCAGAGUUCUGCUAAAUUACUGCAAGCUUUUUUUUGCUGUCAUCAAUUUAAAGGGAAUAACCUUUCUAAAUAUUCCAGAACUUUAAAGUGCACUUAACUUUAUAUCAUAUUCUGCACAGAACUGGUCUGUCUUGUUGCUUUGAAUGACCAUUGUUUGAAGACACUUUCAUUUAAUGAGCCAGUAUCUGUUGUUGCAGCCUGAGCUGCCUUGAAAUCUUGCUCUUGAAUAGUUCUCUGCCCAUCAAAAUUCGCAUUUUAACUGCCCGCCAUUGGCAUUCUGAAUGUUUAAUGUACUUUGUGUUUGUUUGCUGUGUAGCAUUUAUUAAUGUUAAGAAUGCAAAAGCCAAACAAGUCUGAGAUGGACCCACAACACCUAUUUUUCCUUGCUGUAUGGAAAGGAUAACUAGUUUAAAAAAUGCAGUGCAACUGGACUGUUCUUAAACUGCAGCUCUGCAGAGACUAACCCUUGCUGCACAACUUCUCUCUGGCCUCCUAGUGCUGUAAUACAUAGUUUUACUGCAUGGGAAAAAGAAGUCUUUCAGACUUUUAGAUAACUGUGGCUAUUUUGCAUAUGUCAUAACAUGAGCUGCCUAAACUAGUUAUUUAAUGAACGUAACAUGGUCUCCCCCUUUAGAAUGAGUUUAGCCUGCAUCAAAGCUUGUUUAGUGUUUUAUUAGUGUUUUCUAGGAUUGUAGAGAUGUCUGUGGCAUGUUUGUAUACAAAUCAUAAACUACUCUUCUUUCAGUAUUCUUUUUUAAGUGGUUUACUCUUGACACUAGCCAAGGAAGCAAGUAUGGGUGGGUAAUACUACAGCUUGUAGUCCACAGCUUGAAUUUUGCAUCAGUUACUGAAAUUAAUUUUAAAGGAAGUGGGGAACUACUCUGUGUUUAAUCCUGCAACAAACUUCAAGACUUUUGAUUUUUAAUUAAAAAAAAAAAGUGCAUCUAAUGAUUUUCAUAUUCUUACAUCCUCCAAUGCAGAAGUUGAUAUAGAUUUUUAGCAUUUUUGUGACUGAUGUUCAGUGGCACCGGUUACACAUGCAUUUCUGUUCAGGAGUAGUCACCACCCUGUACUCCUCUGGCCAUGCAAAUUCCUGAAGUGUGCAGUUUCCAGGCAAUGAUAUAGAAGAUUAGUGCAAACUGCUGACAAAAUCCAACAAUACUAGAAGUACUUUUGCAAAAACCUGCAACUUAGUCUUCAUUUGCAAAUCUCUUGUCUCAGAUUAUACUCCUAGACUGAUGUGCAGAUAACUGGUUCAAAAAACAUCUAAGUUUCAUCUGACUGCCUGUUGUUAUAAAACCACUACUUUUCCUGUAUGUAUUGCUCUGUAGGGAACUGUCAACCUGUUCAGCAUCUGCUCUCAAUAAUAAAGAUUGUUCUAUUUCUUAAGGAAACUUGUUCACAUUUUUAAACUGAUUUGAAAACAGA